AUGGGACAAGAAGAAAGCCACGAGGAGAUGGAUUUGGCGCAGAUUCAGGAGCUGUGCAUCAUUUUCAUGAAGGAGUGUCCGAGCGGCGCCCUGCACCUGCACGAGUUCAAGAGGAUCUUCGGGGUGCAGAGCAGCUCUCCAGAGGAGUCCCUCUACAUCGAAACGAUCUUCCACUCCUUCGACACAAAUCAGAAUAACGCACUUGAUUUCAUCGAGUAUGUGGCGGCACUUCACUUGAUCUUACGGGGGAAUAUGGAAGAUCGGCUGAAGUGGUCCUUCAAAUUGUACGACAAGGACGGGAAUGGCAAGCUGGACAGGCAGGAGGUGAAGCGGAUCAUCAGGAUUCUUUACAAAAUCAAAGGGCAGACGGGUGACGUCGGCAUGACGCCGUCCCAAACGUGUGACAGGAUCUUCGAGCUGGUCGACAAGAAUAAUGACGGUCAGAUAACCUUGGCUGAGUUCUUGGAAGGAGCCCAGAAGGACGAAUGGGUCAUGAAAUUGCUGAAGUUGGACGUGAACUUCACCGGCUGGUUCACCCAGAACUGCGGGAAACUACCGUGA